GUUAAGGAUUCGUGCUUUACGUACGGCGCUUGUUUAAUUCGCUGCGCUGUUAAUAAAAUAAAAUAAUUGUUAAUUAUAAAAUGAAUAUUUUAAAAACUGAUGUGACAUGUGUUUAACGUAAGAAGAUUUCUAAUUUAAUUUAUUAAAGGUAUUUUUGAAAAGCGAAAAAUAUAAAAAUGAGUGAUAACGUGAGUUUUAAAGAUAUUAUGGAGCCGCGGAGGACUGAGAGUGGGAUAUUCAGGUUCAUGUCGCGGGCCUGGUACCCGCAGAGGACGCUGGUGAUGGACAAGUACCUGAGCCCUCAGGAUCUGAAGGAUGCGGCCGCCAGUUCGGUCUUCUUGGAAACUGUGAUUGAGGCGGAAAGUCAGAGAACGGGUGUCCCUAAAGAGAAGUUAAAAGAAGAAGUAGACCAAUACCUGGAAGAGAUGGGGCUGGAGAAGAAGCUGCACGUGAUCCGGUGGAUGGGGAUUGUAUUCCUCAAGAUUGCCUUCAUGAUGAAGAUCGGGAUCUAUGUCAAUGAACCAUCAGUAUUAAAGCUCAAAGAAGUGAUGGGUUCAAACCCAGUGCUCUUCCUGCCGACACACCGCAGCUACGCAGACUUCUGCGUGAUGACAUACCUGUGCUACCACUAUGAUAUAGACUUCCCCGCCGUGGCUGCUGGAAUGGACUUCUACUCCAUGGCGGUGGUGGGUCGACGCAUGCGCGAGACGUGCGCGUUCUACAUCCGCCGCACGCUGGUGGGGGCUCCUCUCUACGCCGCCACGCUCAAGCAGUACGUACGGACCCUGGUGGCGAAACACUGCUCGCCCAUAGAGUUCUUCCUCGAAGGGACGAGGAGCCGGAGCAAUAAGAGUCUACCACCCAAGUAUGGUAUGCUCUCAAUGAGUCUGGUGCCAUGGUUUGCGCGUGAAGUGAGCGACAUUACAAUCGUCCCCAUCAAUAUCAGUUACGACCGUCUCAUGGAACACGGGCUCUUUGCCUACGAGCAUCUGGGCGUACCGAAACCUAAAGAAUCCACUGGGGGUCUUCUAAAGUCCCUCCAUCGCCUAAACGACCAUUUCGGCAACAUCUACAUCAACCUGGGCUCCCCUCUCUCCGUCCGCGAGUACCUCAACACCCCCACCGAAAGCUCCGAGCGCCUCAAACCUGUAGACCUUCAGCAAUUAACACCAGCACAGUUCCAAAAUGUCCAAGACUUAGCGAAUUACGUGAUAACAUUACAGCAGAAAAAUACUGUAGCGACUAUCUCGAACUUACUAGCUUUAGUACUCAUGCAAAGUUUAAUGAAAAGCGAGGUAUUAAGUCUCCCACAAGUUUUUACAGAAGUUGAAUGGAUGGUAGGAGUACUGAGACAGUUAGGCGCUUCAGUGUUUGAGAAUGAUGUUAAGAGUAGCGUGGAGAGAGUGCUGGUUGUUCAUAGGAGCAUGAUGAGAGUGGACCAGCAUAGUAGACUCAGGCUGGUGUCUAGUGAGAUUAUGGAGGUGUCGGCGGAUGUGCAGAAGAAAAUGAAAGGCCACAUAAUAAAAGCGGAGACGAUGGUGAACGCGGUGCCUAUAAUCCAGCUGCAAUUGUACGUGAACCCUGUCCUACACUACCUCGUGCCGCCGGCCGUACUGUGCGUCAUAGUUGCCAGGGGACCAACUAGCAGAGAACAGUUGGUGGCAGACUACAGCCGCAUCAGAACAAUGCUUAGACACGAAUUCUUCCACAUCGAGAAGACUGAAGCGGCGACAUUUUCGCAAGCCCUACAAUACUGCUUGCAAAAUGGAGUACUCACGACAGAAGACGACCUUACUUUCACACCAGGCUCGGACGAGAAAUUGUCGUACUUGCUCAAAUGGGCUAUUUGGCCUGCUCUCUCCACUCUGCUCAUCUGUGCUGAUGUCAUGAUACAGCAAACAAGCUGUACACACAAGCAAGCGCUUAAACUCAUGCAAGCGGCAGCCUCGUCCCGGCGGCGCCACCCCUACUGCCUCAGCCUCGAGGCCGGCGCCAACUGCUGCGGCGGCCUGCUGCUGGCCGGCGCCGCGCUCAGGGACAAGAGUGCCACGGAGCAAACGUACAUCGUGUCACCAGCCGUAUUGUCCGAGUGCCGCCGCCUCGUCAGCUCCGUGGUACCCGAGUUCCAAGUGGACUUCACCGCAACCAACCCCGUCAUCUUGGACCAGAAACUCGCUUCUAGACUAUAGAUUGACUUUAUUGUUAGUCUGGUUGAAACAGGCAUGGUUCUUCUAUAGAUAACUUACGAGGAUAAGAUACGGAUCGAUAACUCACUUACACAAAGUAGCGCCCUUUGACGGAUCUUUGCCGAACUAACAAGUAGCGCACGGGGAUUCCCCUCAGGGGCAAAAGGGGGCGUUUCAAAAAGAGGUCGAAUUAUGACGUCACCAGUUACGUCAUUUGACCGAAAUUACGUCAACCGUACGAAAACCGAGCUUGCCGGGGACCCUUAAAAUAUGUUGAUAACGGGGCUUUGAUAAUUGUCUCUCUUUCACUCUACCAUAUUAGUGCGAUAGAAACAUAUAGCGUUUCGUUUCUCUGCGAACGAUUGUCGUUCACGUAAUUUAAGUCUACUUUCGCUCGGCAUAUUACGAGUAUUGAUGGACUAACACUGGCAGCUAAGCUCACCAUAGACUGAAAUCUCGACCUAAAUUACGAGAAUUACUUAUGUAAAUAUAUUUUUUAAUACAGUUCUUUGCUCAAAAAGUGCUACUUUACGUAGCUGUUUAGCGUUCGCAAAGUUGUUUUUUUGCGAACUAGUGCUUUUUACUUUUCCAGCUUUUUUAAAUUUAAUUCAGACGUAAUCGAUACGUCCACACCAAAGAGUUUGGAUGUUCAAAAACUUUAUAUAUUUUUAUUUUGCCAUUAGACAUUUAUUACGUACAAUAGUAGAUUGUUAACCAAGGGAUGAAAGGCACUCAUUUCUGCCGAGGUGUCUUGGCGCUCGAACGCAGUGAGAGCGCCAAUAGUCCGAGGCAGAAAUGAUGCCUUUCACCCGAGUUAAACACUCUACUUUUCAUUUCGAAUACGAGGAAAGUAAAAUGCAUGUGUUUUUUCAAAAACAUGACGAAUAAUACAUUUUUAUAGUAUUUAUUGAGGGAACUUUCAAUUAAAAAUUCAGGCAAAAGUAUCGUUAUUUAUGGAAUGGAGAGUCAAGUAUCACAAUGGAAAUUGUAUAACAAAUCCAUUUAAACUCAAAUUUCAAUUGCUUAUCGUAAAAAAAUUAAAAAUAUCGUACUUCGAAUGUAAAAUGCUCUAGUGCAGACACGUAUCAUUUUCUGCGCACCUUUUAGAACAACAAUGACCCUCUUUCAGAGCAUGAGAAAUGAAAAAAUUAUUGUUAUACGAUAUAAAGUUACUAUUUAUUUGUUAUUAUAUAUAUAAAUCGUUUUAAAAUGCGAUAUUUCACUAAAAAACUUUUUUAUUAGUUGGCUGAAUGGAACCAUCAUUGCCACGUUGGCUGUCGUAAACAGAAAAAAAUUAAAAAGUAUUUACCGGCGCUCGCAAUUUUCACUUAAAAUUUAGUUGUAUCGGAAUAAUUAACUUAAAUUGCAACUUUAAAAGUGUUUUUCUAUGAAAUGAGUUAAUGUGAUUAAUUUUGGCAAUGUAAACCAACUCUGAACGUAUUUUAUAGUGCUGAUUAAUAUAAUACUUAUAUAAUAUCAUUCAAGGGAAAAGUCGUAACUGUAAGUGUAAUCAUGUAACCAAUAUUUGUUAAAUUGUGAUUUUUUCGCAAAUGUAUUAAUAUAUUUUAAUAUGAUUUGGUAUAUUAUGAUGAUAAAUAAUGACACAUUUUUGAUAGCCCUGUAAAGUUACAAAUUAAAAUUGGUAUUUUGUAGGUUUUAGCAGGGGUGCGAAACUCCUCCUUUCGGGUAUUCUCGGCUCAGCAUUGCUCCGAGCAAUUAUUAUGAUUGGCAGGACUUGACGUCCCUUUGCAUGCAAGACCAGAUAAGAUAAUGACUUGAAUUUUGACAACCCUAAAUAGCCGAAAGGGAUAGUGCCAUAUAUUAGAAAGGGACACCGUGAUUCGUCCCUGAACUGCUGUCAAACUUCAGUUUGGUAGGAAGUUUCCUUUCUGUACGGUAGUACAUUUACUCUGUGGUUUUAGUUUGUCCUACUAAUUGACCUUUUGACCGCCACCGAACAUGACAACGCGUACUGUUUAAGUGUACCUCUUCAUUCCAAUAAAGUUUACUAUUGCGGUAAUUUAUAGGCACGGUCAAGGAAUCUAAUUUCAUUAUAAUUUCGAACCUUGUCACAGUGACAAUAGUAUAGGGUCCCUAGCGACUUUCAUAUCAAUUGUCACUGUGACAAGGUACGAAAAUUACAAAAUUGUACUGAAAUUAAAUUAUUUGAGUGUAGGUACUAUAAUUAUGUUGUGGCGGUCAUAUUGUUUAAUAAAUACAAUCAGUAUUUUGUGAUAAAUUGAUGCAUAAUCAUGCAUAAUUGUAAUAGAAAGAAUAAUAUUCUCACGGACAAAUAUAUUAUUAUAAAUUUGAUUUGUUACCAACAGUGCUUUGUCACUGUAACAACUUGCCUAGUCACGUUAUGCCUGUAUUUAUCGGUUUAUGUUGUUUUAAAUAUAAAGGUGUUG